GGUGUGCGAUCCAGUUCUGCCUCUUUUAUAAAACCACGUUGUCGCACGACCAAGCCAGCCAUCAUGAGUGACAAUGAAGAUUUCGAAGGUGGUUCAUCUGGUGCUGCUCAGCACUACCCCCAGCAGUGCUCUGCCCUGCGUAAAAAUGGCCAUGUACUUAUCAAAGGACGUCCCUGUAAAAUUGUAGAGAUGAGCACCUCUAAGACUGGCAAACACGGCCAUGCUAAGGUCCAUUUGGUUGGAAUUGACAUUUUUACUACUAAAAAAUAUGAAGACAUCUGCCCCUCAACCCACAACAUGGAYGUGCCAAAUGUCUCACGAAAAGACUAUCAGCUUAACAACAUCGAAGAAGGUUACAUGACACUCAUGGAUGAUCAAGGAAAUGAACGUGAAGACCUUAAAGUCCCCGACAACGAUUUAGGAAACGAGAUCCAAGAGAGAUUUGAUAAGGAUGAAAGUCUUAURAUUACUAUACUAUCUGCCAUGGGUGAAGAGCAGGCAGUUGGAAUCAAGACUAAUACUAGCGCCUAUCCACAACACAUGAGUAGCAAUAACAUUUGACACUGAAUUCUUUUUUUAAUGACUGUUACACAAAUAAUGCUGGCUUGGAUGACAAUCCAUACUCAGUUAGCUCAUGCAAUAAAUUGUUUACUGUUGCUGCUU